AAACAGAACGAGGUCGUCAUUCCAGCCACCGUCUUAUCGCUGGUGCACUGAUUUCAAAAGACAGCAUGGUUCAUUUCGUUACAUCAUGCAUGGUGAUUAUAGUGGUUGUUUCAAUGAUUGACGCAGGUUCCAUUGCAGACGCAAAAGCGCUAUUCAGUAACAUUACAAAUGGGUAUAACGAGGACAUUAGGCCAAUUGGUGAUCAGAACGGAAAGUUGACUGUAUAUAUCGAUACGGAUCUCCUUACCAUCCAGGACUUUGAUGAGGUUUCUGGAACUUUGAAUAUUCUUGCCGUAUUCCUUAUUCAUUGGAAUGACGUCUCCUUAAGUUGGGAUCCAGCUUUGUACGGUGAUAUUAGUGAGACAGAGAUUGGUCAAAAUAACAUAUGGCUUCCUAGACUCUUCAAUAUCAAAUCUUCAGACACAUUUCGUGCUAUCAGUAAUUCUUAUCUGUCGGUGAAGAUUGAUCACUAUGGCGAAGUCUUUUGGCAACCUGGCAGUUUUAUUGACAUCAAAUGUAACCCGGAUGUGUCAUAUUUUCCGUUUGAUAUACAGACAUGUUAUAUCCAACUAAUAGCAUGGGGUUGUUCACAACAACGAAUCAAACUUGAGCCACUGCGUCCAGAGUUAUCUCUAGAAUUUUAUGAACCUAAUGGAGAAUGGUCUUUGGACAAUACUGCCACCGGGACACAUUCGGUCAGUGGAUAUAGUACAGCCACUUUUAAUAUCACAAUUUCACGACUUCCUGCCUUUCAUGUUGUCAACACACUGAUGCCAAUAUAUCUGCUGCUACUGAUGAUUUUGGUGUUUGUGUUGCCGUGUGACUCUGGAGAACGUGUUGGGUUUAGUUUGACUGUUUUCCUAAUGUUAACUGUUUUUAUCACCAUUGUCAAUGCUGUACUUCCUUCUAAUUCAGACAGCAUGUCAAGACUAUCCUACUUUAUCUUUUCCGUCCUUGUUGUCAGUGGCGUCAUAGCAUCCGUCAACAUCCUCGAACUUCGUAUGUACCACAAGGAUGACAACUUGCCAGUACCUCAAUGGUUGCGUAGACUCAUGCGAAUCCUUGAUUGUCAUUUUAAGUCCAGAAGAAUGGUUAGUGAGGUAUGUCCUCACAAAUCAGACCAAACAUUAUCAAAUAAAAAUACCAGUAGGAAAGGAAUUCAACUCACUGAAGAAGAAGAAGAAGAGACAGUGGAAGUAGUACCGGAAAUGACGUGGAAGGAGGUCGUGCGCAUUCUGGACAAAUUCUAUGCAUGCUUAUUCUUUGCAGUGAUAACUGUGUUCAUCGUUGUUACUUUAGUGGUUUUGUACAAGGGAAAUAGGUGAUCUCUACCAGACGUAUUUAACCUGUGUGAUAUAAACUCGGGUAAAUAAUAAACAGUGGAAAGCAAUACUUACUCCUUACCUUUUAAUAUGGGAACUAUAUAUCUUAAUCAUUAUCUUUAUAGUAAUUUUUAAGCUGGAAACAAUUCAUUCAAACAUAUACAACUUCGGUAAUAUUAACCCUAUGAAAGUAAUAAAUCGAGGAACAUUACUUUUCUGUAAUGUGAUAACUGUACUUACCCUUGUGAGUAUAGUGAUUUUUCACUAUGGACAUAAGUUAUCAAAAACAGACUUGUUUGCAUACAGCCUCUGUGGUUUAAACACAGGUUAAAAGUUGAAAUCAAUUGUUUAACUGACUGUGACAUUUAUGAUUGUUAAUAUCAGGUAGAUUUUUCUCACAAUAACUAAUUGAUGGCUUAGGUGUUAUGUUUCCCGUCUAAUUAAGUAAUUCAUUACAUAAAAAACAACUAUAAACACUAUCAAAUGUACUUUUAUAUAUUAUCUUAAAUUAUUCAUUUCCAUGUACCUAUUUAGGAACAGUUGAAAAAGAGUUAAAAUAACAUUGAUGACUAAAGCGAUUAUAACUAUCCACGCCAUACAUACAGAAUCUUAAUUGAGUUUUCAUUUCAUGCUAGAUUUUAUUUAAACGUGUUUUAGAAAUUUCUAUUUGUAUGAGCCUGGCUUAGCAAAAUUUUAAAACAAGAGUUUCAUAAAAUCUCAUAUCAAAACACGAAAACUUUCAGGGUUUAAAGUAAAAAUGUAGAGGACAAAUUCAAAUGGAGAAUGCUGUUUUGUUGUGCCAUGCACAAUCCAUGACGUAACAUCAUUGUCCAUAUGUUGAUGUCACAAUAGUUUCCUUACUAAAAUCUCCAGUAUAUUACACGGGCGAUUUCACUGGAUGACCAGCCGAUUACGUUAUAAAUACUCCUGUAUAAUAACGUGUACUCCUUUAUCAAACCUAGAGGUAUAUACAAAAUAUUAGAUAUCCUAAGUAACGUAUAUCUAUAUUUCCUAUUUAGAUGACUCAAAUGAUAAUGAUAAAAAUUAUAAGACGAUUUGUAUGCACCUUAUAAUGUAUUGAUAAUUAUUAAAGGGUUUCACCUCCACCAGUAUUGCCAUUUAGUGGACGAGAUGAUUGACACCUACAUUAAUGUUCUUAUAUGUGUGUUUAUUUAAUGACGUCAUCAUCAGAAGUAUUAAUCCAUAGUGAC